GACACUGCGUACAACGAGUCCCUGGACGCGGUCUUUACGUCGCCUGGGUCCUAUGGGAUACACUUCGCAGACUCCGACACGCCGUCUCUGCUCGUCGUUGGAGUCGUUCCUGCAAGCCCGGCCGAGAAUCAGGGCGUCCGUGUGGGGCACCGUCUAUCCCGCAUCAACGGCAUCAGCGUGGACAAGUUGACCACUCAAGAGGUUCGAACCUUGCUGAUGAAUCCGUCAAG